AUGGAGAGGUUUCCCACGGAGAUUUCACACGCGACUGAGAACCGCUCUUCGCCUCUGAUGGAGAUUUCGGAGCACCUUCUGGUCUUCACCGUGUGGAACAUGGCGAGCACCACCGCGCUGUCCGUCCUGAAGCGCGGCUAUUGCGCCUGCAAGGACGGCGAAGGCCACAAUUUGUCGGUCUGCAGCAUCUUUCCGGAUUCCUUGCUGCUGGCAGCUCCACUGCUGAUGGCUGAGGGAGGAGGCGGACCGGUAUCUUUUGGUGCAGAAAGUGCCUCCCCAGGUCUUGCAGCUUCGGCUCUCUCAAGGAGAGCGUUAGAUCUCAUCGCAUUGGUGAGGCAGGCGCUGAUCGUCCAGGGCAAUAGCGUGGUCGGUGCCGCCGUGGCCUAUGCCAUGGACCUGGUCUACACGGCACUUUGGAAGCCUGAGUUUGGCAUGUCCUGGUUCACUGGUGGAGGUGCCCCACGCCUCCUGCUUCCUCAUUGCUCGGCCCUGGACUUUGUAGAUGCCAUGCCCUGGGAAGGCGUGUCACGUCCUUCAAAGCCCAUGCAUUGGCUUGAGCCGGUGCUCGAGAAAUUGCCCCUGAAGUCCUUUCUGAAUGUCGCCCUCCGUGACAGGGCUUCCGAAGAUGAUUGCAGUCGUCACGCAGACGACUUCGGGACCUUUCAGGAUCCCAGCUGCGGACUUGUGCGCCUGCGGGCCUGGGAGACCUUGACACUUUUUCGGGACACGACCAACUGUGUGGGACAGUCGAGCUGCUUGAGCGGUGGCACCUUCCGACCCCGACGACAAUCUAUGCAAGGAACCAGGGAGCUGAACGCAGAAGAGGUAGAGAGUAUGGUAUUGGAUCGCUCCGUGGACGUCCUCACUUUGUCGCCAUCCGCAGGCAAUUGCGCGGAGUUGCAGCGCUUCCUGGCGACCGUGCUGCAGACGGCACUGCCGCAGGUGCUGGCGCUGCCCAUCAAUGCGCUGUUGGCACCGCCGCGCCGGGCGGCGCCGGACUUCUUGAAAGCGACCAAGAGGCUGCGAGAGAGGGACAGCUUUCAGCUGGGUAGGCAUUGCGCCCUGCAAUCGGCCAUCGAUUUUCUCCCCCAGUUCGUUUUGCUCUUCGUGGAUGGACUUCGUGCUGUCUUCGUCAGCCGGGCCGUGCGGCACCAUUUUGGGCACGAUUUCAAUGCAGAGGCUCGCACCUUGUGGCGCCGCGGCGUCAGCUGCACGCUGCCAGUGGUGGAGCUAUUGGAAGCGCACGCGGAAGGAGGUCCAGUUAGCGCGGAAGCCGCUGCGCUAGGCAGCGCUGCCUGGCCCUGCGAAGCCUUGCGCUUGCCGCAACUGGCCAAGGGGAGUUUGCCCCAAGUGAAGAACAAGGAUCUCUAUCCCGAGACUGAGGCGCGCUGUGUGGCCCUGGCGGGUCCGACGGAGAGCGUCCGCAGCGCCUUCCUCGGGGCGACGCUGCCCAUGACCCCCGGCAGGGCGCAGUUGAUGAGCGGCCGCGGCAGGUGCUUCUUGGAGGAGAACUUCUGCGAAUGCUUCCCCCCAUGGCGGGAUGCGUUGUGCGAUCGCCAGGAAACCCCCGGGGAUGGAAGCGAAGGAUCCAUCAUCGCCACGCGGUUGCUUCCGGGUGGAGAAGGUGAACUGGAACAGAACCUUCUGAAUUGGUGGGAGAGCUUCAACAACCAGAUGGAUCAUCCAGUCCUCAUCUUUCAUGAGGGCCUCGAGACCGAUGCCGCGUUGCGGCUGCGGGCAGCCUCACCCACCAGGGUCUGGUUCGCCCAUCUGGGCCCCCUCUUCAGCUCUCGGCGGAAGACCGAUGCGAGCGAUGCCAGCUGCAGGUUCAAAUUCGCCUGGCUGUUGGACGAAGAUGCCAUUGAGGAUUUUGACUGGCUACUGUGGAUUGACUCUGAUGUCACCUUUCCUAUUCCCUUGGAUCGUGAUUUGGUGCGUGAAACCUCCAGUGCAGGCGCCAUUUUGGGCUUCCUUCCCGAAGACCGGUUAGCGUUGCGGAUGCCGCGGGCGCUGCGGACCUUGGCGUUGCUCUUUCGGCAGGCGGAGAAGAUGAGGGGUCGUGGCGAGUUUGCCGAGGAUGGAUGGACGGACCUGAACCUCAGUAGUCGCCUGCUGGUGAUGCAUCUUCCCAGCUUCAGGUCGCCUGGUCCAUUGAAGCGCUUUGCCUCCUGGGCCCUGGAGUUUUCACAGCAGGUGCCAAUUUGCCGCUGGGGCGACGCAGCCUUGCGCAGCAUGCAGGCAUGGCUUCUUCCGCCGGAGAAGCGACUAGCUCUGCAAAAGCUGCAGGUUUUGAGGCCCAACACCUGACAGCCUAACAGCGCACGCGCGGCUCAAGCGCCGCGCGCCUUUGUGGACCUUGGAGCCGAUCCAUGCAGAACGAGAAUUGGGGAUGAUGGAGUAGAGAUCCACCGUGGACCGUGGACCGCGGAGCCUUCCUAGCGCGCGGAUGCGCGGCGCCGUGGAGAAGGGUCAAGAAUGUGGAGAUGGGGAUUGAGAUGGGCGGAGAUAGGCGGCGCAGAAAGAAAAA